AUUGAGCGAGGCACCGGGACGUCGGCGGCUGGCGGAGCCGGGCGGGCGAAGCUGGAGCGGCGGUGGCGGCGGCGUAGGGAGGCCGGGGCCGGGGCUGAGGCCGCGGCCGGGUCUGCGAGGCCCUUGGGGCGGCAGGCGGCGGCGGCCCGGGGCUCGAGCCCGGAGGCAGGAGCAGCCGCCAUGGCCGAGAGCAUCAUAAUUCGUGUCCAGUCCCCGGAUGGAGUGAAGCGGAUCACAGCAACAAAGAGAGAAACAGCAGCAACAUUUUUGAAAAAGGUUGCAAAGGAGUUUGGCUUCCAAAAUAAUGGCUUCUCGGUUUACAUCAAUAGAAACAAGACCGGAGAGAUAACAGCCUCCUCCAACAAAUCCCUCAACUUGCUAAAAAUCAAGCAUGGCGAUUUGUUGUUCCUGUUUCCCUCGAGCCUUGCUGGGCCCUCAUCUGAAAUGGAGACGUCAGCUCCACUGGGCUUCAAGGUCUUUGGCGCUCCCAACGUGGUGGAGGAUGAGAUUGAUCAGUACCUCAGCAAACAGGACGGGAAGAUUUACAGAAGCCGAGACCCACAGCUAUGCCGCCACGGCCCUUUGGGGAAAUGCGUGCACUGCGUCCCUCUAGAGCCAUUCGAUGAGGACUAUCUAAACCAUCUCGAGCCUCCCGUGAAGCACAUGUCCUUCCACGCCUACAUCCGGAAGCUGACUGGAGGGGCUGACAAGGGGAAGUUUGUUGCCCUGGAGAACAUCAGCUGCAAGAUUAAGUCAGGGUGCGAGGGGCACCUCCCGUGGCCGAAUGGCAUCUGUACUAAGUGCCAGCCGAGCGCCAUCACGCUGAACAGACAGAAGUACAGGCAUGUGGACAAUAUCAUGUUUGAGAAUCACACCGUCGCUGACCGCUUUCUUGACUUCUGGAGAAAGACAGGGAACCAGCAUUUCGGGUACUUAUAUGGACGGUACACGGAGCACAAAGACAUUCCCCUUGGCAUCAGGGCUGAAGUGGCUGCGAUUUAUGAGCCACCUCAGAUUGGUACACAGAACAGCUUGGAGCUUCUUGAGGAUCCAAAAGCUGAAGUGGUCGAUGAAAUUGCUGCCAAACUUGGCCUGCGGAAGGUUGGCUGGAUAUUUACAGACCUCGUCUCAGAAGAUACCCGAAAGGGUACCGUCCGCUACAGUCGAAAUAAGGACACCUAUUUCCUAAGUUCAGAAGAGUGUAUCACUGCAGGAGACUUCCAGAACAAGCAUCCCAACAUGUGCCGGCUCUCUCCAGACGGACAUUUUGGAUCCAAGUUUGUUACUGCAGUGGCUACAGGUGGUCCUGACAACCAAGUCCACUUUGAAGGGUACCAGGUGUCCAAUCAGUGUAUGGCACUGGUCCGUGAUGAGUGUUUGCUGCCGUGCAAGGACGCCCCGGAGCUUGGCUACGCCAAGGAGUCUAGCAGUGAGCAGUACGUGCCUGAUGUGUUUUAUAAGGACGUAGACAAGUUUGGCAACGAGAUCACCCAGCUGGCCCGGCCCCUGCCUGUGGAGUAUCUCAUCAUAGACAUCACAACAACUUUCCCCAAGGAUCCAGUUUACACUUUUUCUAUUUCGCAAAAUCCAUUUCCUAUUGAAAACCGGGAUGUAUUGGGUGAGACACAGGACUUCCAUAGCUUGGCCACCUAUUUGUCUCAGAAUACCUCAUCUGUGUUCUUGGAUACCAUCUCAGAUUUCCACCUCUUGCUGUUCCUGGUCACCAAUGAAGUUAUGCCUCUGCAGGACAGCAUCAGCUUGCUGCUGGAGGCCGUGCGGACCAGAAAUGAGGAGCUCGCCCAGACAUGGAAGAGGUCUGAGCAGUGGGCCACCAUCGAGCAGCUGUGCAGUGAGUACCCCCACCCCCUGCCCCGGCACCCCGUGGCUGGGGCCGGAGAGCAGCCCACUCUGCACAGCUCCCCACUGCCGGUGGUACCCUGGAUUCCGCAUCCAGCUGCAUCCUGGCAGGUGCCAUCGGCAAUGCAACGAGUAGAGACUCGGCCUCCCUGCCAGGCACGUGGCAGGCUCCGGUGAUGGAGCAGACAUGUUGUCCAGGCCGUACAUCUUAGGUACACAGCCCUGUAAAUUUUAUAAACCUGUACAUCAGAGAUACUAAUCUCCAGGCAUCCUAGGAGCACUUUGAACAUCACUGUCUUAAGAGAAUCAGAAACUUUAUGGAAGCGCCGGAAGCGUGGGACCUUUUGGUCUCCUUGAGAAUUGCCCUUUAGUGCUUAAAGCUGUAAGGAGGAGAAGCCUACAGCAUCCAUGUUCUUGCUGGUGGACACUACAGAAUGGACUGCAGGCAUUGCGUGUCUUCCGGACCCUCAGUCACCAGGUCCUGAACGAUUCCCCACUCGUGAGAACCUUCUGUCAGCAUUGCUGCAGGGACUCCUCACGCACCGUGGUGCCCUGUGCAGCCCAAGUGCCCUGAGUCCAUGCAGCUGAGAGCACCAAAGUGCCCGAGAGCUACAGCCUUGGACAAACGCUAGAAUCCUUCUAUUAACACAGCCUUCAAAAGACACAUCAAACACCUUUAUACCAUUUCCUCUCUUUUUCUUUUUUUUUUGAGACGGAGUUUGGCUCUUGUCACCCAGGCUGGAGUGUGGUGGCGCGAUCUUGCCUCACUGCAACCUCCACCUCCUAGGUUCAAGCGAUUCUCCUGCCUCAGCCUCCCGAGUAGCUGGGACUACAGGCAUGUGCCACCACGCCUGGAUAAUUUUUGUAUUCUUAGUAGAGACAGGGUUUCACCAUGUUAGCCAGGCUGGUCUCGAACUCCUGACCUUGUGAUCUGCUUGCCUCUGCCUCCCAAAGUGUUGGGAUUACAGGUGUGAGCCACCACGCCCAGCCGAGGUUUUCUUUUCAUACAAUUCUUUAUUAUUUUUAUUUUUGUAGAGACAGGGUCACACUCUGUUGCCGAGGCUGGAGUGCAGUUGCACAAUCGUAACUCACUGCAGCCUCAAACUCCAGGCUCAAGUGAUCUUUCUGCUUCAGCCUACUGAGUAACUGGGACCACAGGCUUGCAACACCAUACCCAGCGAAUUCUUGGGGCUUUGUUGUUGUUUUUUAUUUGUUUUUUAAAAAUAAUUUUAACUUUUAUUUUAGAUUCACAGGGUACAUGUGCAGGUUUGUCACCUGGGUAUAUUGCCUGAUGCUGAGGUUGGGGUAUGAUUGAUCCCAUCACCCAGGUACUAAACAUAGUACCUAAUAGUUUUUCAGCCCGCCCCCAUCGUGUGUGUGUGUGUGUGUGUGUGUGUGUGUGUGUGUGUGUGUGUGUGUGUGUUUUGAGCUGGAGCCUCACUCUGUCUCCCAGGCUGGAGUGCAGUGGCGCAAUCUUAGCUCACUGCAAACUCUGCCUCCUGGGUUGAAGCAAUUCCCCUCCCUCAGCCUCCCGAGUAGCUGGGAUUACAGAUGUGUACCACCACACCUGGCGUUGCCAUCUUUAUGUACAUGAGUACCCAUGUUUAGCUCCCACUUAUAAAUGAAAACAUGUAGUAUUUGGUUUGCUGUUCCUGCAUUAGUUUGCUUAGAAUAAUGGCCUUCAACUGCAUCCAUGUUGCUGCAAAGGACAUGAUUUCAUUCCUUUUUAUGGCUGCAAAAUUUUUUAAUAUUUUUGUAUCAGUGAGGUCUCACUGUGUUGUCCAGACUGGUCUCAAACUUUGGCCUCAAGCAUUUCUUGCACCUCAGCCUCCCAAAGCCCUGAGAUUAUACCUGGGAGCCACUGCACCCAGCCCUUUGAUGCAGUUCUAACAAUGACACCAGUCUUUUUUUUUUUCUUUUUUGUUUCCCUUUUAGAGACAGGGUUUCACUCUGUUGCCUAGGCUGGAGUGCAGUGGAGUGAUCAUAGCUCACUACAGCCUUCAAUUCCUGAGCUCAAGCGAUCCUCCUGCAUCAGCUUUCGGAGUACCUAGGAGUAUAAACAUGAGCCACUACACCCAACUAAUGUUUUUGGUUGGUGUUUUUUUUUUUUCUUUAAGAGAUGGGGUUGGCCGGGCCUGGUGGCUGGCUCACAUCUGUAAUCCCAGCACUUUGGAAGGCUGAGGCAGGUGGAUCACAACGUCAAGGGAUUGAGACCAUCCUGGCCAACAUGGUGAAACCCCAUUUCUAUUAAAAAUACAAAAAUUAGCUGGGCAUGGUGGCGAGCGCCUGUAAUCCCAGCUACUCAGGAGGCUGAGGCAGGAGAAUCACUUGACCCAGGAAGCGUAGGUUGUAGUGAGCUGAGAUCGUGCCACUGUACUCCAGCCUGGGCGACAGAGCGAGACUCUGUCUCAAAAAAAAAAAAAAAAAAAAAAGAUGUGGUCUUGCCGUGUUGCCUAGGCUGGUCUCAAACUCCUAGGCUCAAGUGAUCUUCCUGCCUUGGUUCCCAAAGUGCUGAGAUUACAGCUGUGAGCCACUGCACCUGACCUUUUUUUUUUUUUUUCCUCCUUUUUUUUUGAGACAGGGUCUCACUCUGUCACCCAGGCUGAAGUGCAGUGGCAUUUGAGGUCAGUCUCACCUUGACCUCCCCAGGCUCAAACAAUCCUCCCGCCUCAGCCUCCUGAGCAGCUGGGACUACAAGCAUGUGCCACCAUCCCUGGCUGAUUUUUUAAAUUUGUUGUAGAGAUGAGGUCUCACUAUGUUGCCCAGGCUGGUCUUGAACUCUUGGGCCCAAGCGAUCCUCCCGCCUCAGUGCUGAGAUUGCAGUGGUAAGCCACCAUGUCAGCCAACUCUUUAAUAAUAGGCAGUUCUGACUGGCGUAAGUUCUGACUGGUAUCUCACUGUGGUUUUAAUUUGCAUCUCUGAUGAUUAGUGAUGUUGGGCAUUUUUUCAUGGGUUUUUUGUUUGUUUGUUUUGAGACAAAGUCUUGUUCUGUUGCCCAGGCUGGAGUGCAGUAGUGUGAUCUCAGCUCACUGCAGCCUCCACCUCCCGGGUUCAAGCCAUUCUCCAGCCUCAGCCUCCUAAGCAGCUGGAAUUACAGGUGGCUGCCACCACACCCAGCUAAUUUUUUUAGUUUUAGUAGAGACAGGGUUUCUCCAUGUUGGCCAGGCUGGUCUCAAACUCCUGACCUCAAGUGAUCCACCCACCUUGGCUUCUCAAAGUGCUGGGAUUAUAGGUGUGAGCCACCGCGCCCGGCCCUCAUGGGUUGUUUUGUUUUGUUUUGUUUUGAGACGGAAUCUCACCCUGUCACCCAGGCUGCAGUUCAAUCGCAUGAUCUCCACUUACUGCAACCUCCACCUCCUGGGUUCAAGCGAUACUCCUGCCUCAGCCUCCCGAGUAGCUGGGACUACAGGCAUGCGCCCACGCCUGGCUAAUUUUUAAUAUUUUUAGUAGAGAUGGGGUUUCACCAUGUUGGUCAGGCUGGUCUUGAACUCCUGACCUCAGGUGAUCCACCCGCCUCGGUCUCCCAAAGUGCUGGGAUUACAGACGUGUAUACACAAGACACAAAGAUCAGCUCAGGAUGGGUCAUAGGCCUAAUGGUAAAAGGUAAAACUAUGAAGCAGGCUGGGCAUGAUGUCUCAUAGCUAUAAUCCUAACACUCUAGGAGGCCAAAGCUGGAGGACACUGUAGCCCAGAAGUUUGAGACCAGCCCACACAGCAUAGUGAAGCCCCGUCUGUACAAAAAAAGAUAUUAAAAAAAAAAAGAAUUAGCUGGGCAUGGUGAGUGGUCCACGCCUAUAAUCCCAGCUUCUGGGGAGGCUGAAAUGGGAGGAUCCCAUGAGUCAGGAGGUCGAGGUCACAGUGAGCCAUGAUUGUACCACUCCAGCCUGAAUGACAGAGCGAUACCCUGUCUUAAGAAAAAUAAAAACUGUAAAACAGUUAUUAAGUUGAAUCUCUUCAGGGCCUUGGGGUACGCAAAGAUUCUUUUAGGCAGGAUGCACAACCUUGGGGUAGAACACAGAAAAACACUGGCAUAAAAAUAGGUAAAUUGAUAAAUAAAUUUAUCUAAACAAAACACUUGUGCUCAUCACAGGGCACUGUUAGAAACAUGAAAAGUCACCAAUGGGGGACGCAGUAUUAGCAGUACAUACACACAACAUGACUUCUAUCUGAAACUUAAAAAUAACUCUGCCUGUUGAUAAUCAAACAGAAAUAGCAUAAGAAGAAGCUGGGCAGAGGGUGAAACGUUUCACAAAAGGAAAUGCAGGUCGGGCACGGUAGCUCACGCCUGUAAUCCCAGCACUUUGGGAGGCCGAGGCGGGUGGAUCAUUUGAGGUCAGGAGUUCGAGACAGCCAGGCCAACAUGGUGAAAACCCAUCUCUACUAAAAAUAAAAAAAUUAGCCAGGUGUGGUGGCACGUGCCUGUAAUCCUAGCUACUUGGGAGGCUGAGGUAGGAGAAUCGCUUGAACCCAGGAGGCAGAGGUUGCAGCGAGCCGAGAUUGCGCCAUUGCACUCCAGCCUCGGCAACAACAAAAAAAAGGAGAUGCAGGAGCAGUCACUAUCAUUAGUCAUCAGGGAAAUGCAAAUUAAAACAUGAGAAACCAUUACACAUUCAUCAGUGUGGCUGAAAUGAAAAAAAGGCGACAAUGUCAAGUGUGAGUGAAGAUGUGAAGCAGCUGGAACCCUCGCACCUUGCGAGUGGGAGGCAGAACGGUGCCACCCUCGCGAGAACUGUGUCUCAGGGUCUUAGAAAGUUCAGCACACAGUUCAUUACCCUGUGGGCCGGCAGAUUCAUUCCUAGGUAGGUUUUUGGGUUUUUUGUUUGUUUGUUUGUUUGUUUGUUUUGAGAUCGAGUUUCGC